UCUGUAUUACCAAUCAACAGAUACCUAACCAAGGACACACAUCCCGCAUAGAAAAUAACGUAUAAUAUUUAAUAGUUACCAACUCCCCAAAAUCCGGACAGACCCGUUAUUAUUUAGUUGUUACUUAAAAGGUUAACUAGAGUCUUCCUCGUGUUAUUUCUUGUCGAUGCCUAUACCUAGGUAUAAUUACUCCCCUUAUUAGUCUUUGAGUAUAUCCUGCGGGCUUCGUUAAAGAGCCCAACCCCAACCAACCCCACAUCAGCAAGCCGUGCGAGCCUUCAUUCGGCGUCUCCAACCUGAAACUCGCAACUCUCUCAACAAUAAGAAACAUUAAAGCGUAAUGGGGCACCCGACUCCGGAUCUCCCGGUUCUUGCUGAAGACGACUCGAUGCUGUCGAGGAAAUUCGGCCGCGAGGUUGCCAACUACUUUAGCGGCAGCCCAUUGAACCGAAUCUCAUUUCUCAGGACCGAUUAUGGCUUUUUGCGCGCUGCCUUCGCUCACCCUAGCGCGGCAUUUUUAUUACUAGAUAACUUGUCACCGCUUGCUAAAGACUACGCCAACUUAUCCUAUGUUACUAGAGAUGUAGUAGUGCCGCUGACGGGAGAGGAGCCUUUCAAAGAGUCUGAGCAGGAACAGCUCAAAGAUUUCAACUCGGCUAUUACACAACCUGUAGUCCUGUUCCUCGGUAUCGAUGAAAAGAAGCCCGACUUCCAGUAUCGUGAUUACAAAGGCAAGCCAUAUUUUGCUGUCGAUGUCACGCCUAAGGGUACCAUCGAAGCCAAAGCUAAGAGUAUCGUGGAAAUCGUCAAGGCCACCGGUGUCUCUUUCAUCGACGGAAGGAGGCUUCUAACUUUAAAUGCCCCAGACGCGGCGAUAUUCGCAGAAGCUCGUGCUUUGCUUGACUGGAAUAGCCGGAACCCGUUCUGCGGUGGCUGUGGUCAGCCAACUACGUCCAUCAAUGCCGGCUGGAAACGGUCCUGUCCACCGACAGACCUAGCAGGCGUUCCUGAAGGCGGUGCACCAAAGGAGAGAGCCGACUGCCCCACUCGGCAUGGCAUAAGCAACCUCUGUUUCCCGCGGACAGAUCCCACCGUCAUUAUGGCUAUAGUUUCGGCUGACGGCACCAAAAUUCUUCUUGGUCGAAGCAAUCGGUUUCCUCCAUUUUGGUUCAGUACACUCGCAGGGUUCCUCGAGCCAGGCGAAUCCAUCGAGGAGGCGGUCCGACGCGAGACCUGGGAGGAGAGCGGCGUGACGGUAGGACGUGUCGUGAUCCACAGUUCGCAGCCGUGGCCUUAUCCCGCCAACUUAAUGAUUGGCGCGAUCGGCCAGGCCACUCCUGGCGGCGAGACUAUCCAUCUUGGCCACGAUGAGGAAUUGACCGACGCCAGAUGGUUCUCCUUCGACGAAGUAAGAGAAGGCAUAGCGACUGGCGUCAGCGGUCUGGGAGACCCAGCUCCAGCUGGAUACAGGGAGGGAGCUUUAAGAUUACCUCCGCAGACAGCUAUUGCUAACCAGCUGAUCCAAGCGGUUCUAAACGGCUACCUAGGCGCGGUGCCCAAGAUAUAAGUGAUCUCAUAGAAGAACUAGACAUAGACCAUCUAAACUUGCAGCAGAGCGGAAGGGCAAUAGACACAUGCAGUUAGAGAAUAGAUACGGCGAGCUAGCUAUUGACGAACUGAUGAGCUGUAUAUAGAUGUAACUAGUAAAUUAAGUAUAAAAGACCUUCAAGUAA